UCUUUAUUCCCUGCAUUUCUUCUCUGUGCUCACUGCCACACGCAGCUCAGCCUGGGCUGCACAGCCCGGUGUCAGGUGUGUCUCUGCUGACCUGGGUCUGCCUUCAGUGUGGACCUGCAUCUUCCCUGAAGCAUCUCCAGGGCUGGAGAGACGACUGCCGUGCACCGAGGGCUCAUCCAUCUGCAGAGCAGGGCAGUGGGAGGAGACGCCAUGACCCCCAUCCUCACGGUCCUGAUCUGUCUCGGGCUGAGUCUGGGCUGGAGGACCUGUGUGCAGGCAGGCACCCUCCCCAAACCCACCCUCUGGGCUGAGCCAGACUCGGUGAUCACCCAGGGGAGUCCCGUGACCCUCAGGUGUCAGGGGAGCCUGGAGACCCAGGAGUACCGUCUAUAUAGAGAAGAAAAAACAGCACCCUGGAUUACACGGAUCCCACAGGAGCUUGUGAAGAAGGGCCAGUUCCCCAUCCCAUCCAUCACCUGGGAGCACGCAGGGCGGUAUCGCUGUAUCUAUGGUAGCCACACGGCAGGCUGGUCAGAGCGCAGUGACCCCCUGGAGCUGGUGGUGACAGGAGCCUACAGAAAACCCACCCUCUCAGCCCUGCCCAGCCCUGUGGUGGCCUCAGGAGGGAAUGUGACCCUCCAGUGUGACUCACGGGUGGCAUUUGACGGCUUCAUUCUGUGUAAGGAAGGAGAAGAUGAACACCCACAAUGCCUGAUCUCCCAGCCCCGUACCCGUGGGUCAUCCCGGGCCGUCUUCUCCGUGGGCCCCGUGAGCCCGAGUCGCAGGUGGUUGUACCGGUGCUAUGGUUAUGACUCACACUCUCCCUAUGUGUGGUCUUUACCCAGUGAUCUCCUGGAGCUCCUGGUCCCAGGUGUUUCUAAGAAGCCGUCACUCUCAGUGCAGCCGGGUCCUGUCGUGGCCCCUGGGGAGAAGCUGAUCCUCCAGUGUGGCUCUGAUGCCGACUACAACAGAUUUGCUCUGUACAAGGAGUGGGGACGUGACUUCCUCCAGCGCCCUGGCCGGCAGCCACAGGCUGGGCUCUCUCAGGCCAACUUCCCCCUGGGCCCUGUGAGCCGCUCCUACGGGGGCCAGUACAGAUGCUCCGGUGCACACAACCUCUCCUCCGAGUGGUCGGCCCCCAGUGACCCCCUGGACAUCCUGAUCUCAGGACAGAUUCGUGCCAGACCCUUCCUCUCAGUGCAGCCGGGCUCCACGGUGGCCUCAGGAGAGAACGUGACCCUGCUGUGUCAGUCACAGGGAUGGAUGCACACUUUCCUUCUGACCAAGGAGGGAGCAGCUGAUCCCCCCCUGCGUCUAAAAUCAAAGCGCCGGUCUCAUAAGUACCAGGCUGAAUUUCCCAUGAGUCCUGUGACCUCAGCCCACGCGGGGACCUACAGGUGCUACGGCUCACUCAGCUCCAACCCCUACCUGUUGACUCACCCCAGUGACCCCCUGGAGCUCGUGGUCUCAGGAGCAGCUGAGACCCUCAGCCCGUCACAAAACCAGACAGACUCCAAGACUGGCCAACACCCACAGGAUUACACAGUGGAGAAUCUCAUCCGCAUGGGCGUGGCUGGCUUGGUCCUGGCGGUCCUCGGGAUUCUACUAUUUGAGGCUCAGCACAGCCAGAGAAGCCACCAAGAUGCAGCCGGCCGGUGAACAGCAGAGACGACAAUGCAUCCUUCAGAGUGGUGGAGCCUCAGGGACAGAUCUGAUGACCCCAGGAAGUUCUGGAGGACAAUCUAGGACCUCCGUUAUCUGAACUGUCUGCUGGUCACUUCCAAAGACAAGAAUCCAUAUUUGAGUGCAGGGAAACUGUCUGGGGUGAUUCCUAGAAGAUCAUUAAACUGUGAUACAUUUUUUUUAACUAUGAA